AUGAGUUCCACGUCUGAGACUGAAAGUCUCCAGCUUUGGGGGGAAAGGAAAGAAGUGGUGUGCAUCCCCCCGUCUCAGCGCCCGACCCCACCGCACAAAUGGACUGCUCUAUACGCCGUCUCUCGCCCGCUCCCAAGCAACGUCUCCACCGUUCGAUUCAGUAUCACCAGUCAUGAUCAAGGAUGGGGCAACGCUAGAAAUGGGCUCUGGUCAUGGUUCGAAGUGUCUAUACUGGGCUCUUCUGGAGAACAAGUCUCUCCUGAAUUCCAUGAUUUAUCAGACCAGACCUAUGUCAAAUCAUCGCCAGAGGACUUUGGGGAGAUGAUGCAGGAGAAAGGACUAUAUUUGAAGGAUAUUCCAAAAGAGCUCACUAAAUCGAGCUCUGAGGUCAGCAUGACAAUAAUCAAGAAUACGAUCCAAUUCCAAUGGCAGCACCGAGGUCUUACCUGGAAACGAGGUUGUGACGAUGAAGCUGCAGAACGCCUUCUUGACCUUCUCGAUGAAGGCGAUCGGUUGGUCAUAUGGGCAAGAGCUCAGUUUCCGGGAUGGGUUAACUGUGUCAAAGAAGCUCAAAUAAUGAUAGCGACUUCUGGAGGGCAUCAGGGGGUCAGGCCUGAAUCUGAUGACAGGAGUUUACCCGUUGACAUUCCGACCGAGCAUUCGGGGAUCAAUCGCGCCCAAGUUGACGAUCAGUCUAUGCUUGAAGAGCCUGAGAGCACCCAGGCUACUCGUCCCUCUGGUACCUCGACACAGCAUGGGACGAUCGACCAGACACAAACGGGAAUGCGGGCUGUGUUUGAGAGCUUUCAACGCAGACUUCUUGGUAGUCCACCUUCAACCAUCGCCGAAGAUUCCAGCCACAUAUCUCCAAAUCAGCAUAUUCCAAAGGAAACAGCCGCCCCACAGAGAACGCUACUGAGUAACUGCAAGCCAAGCAGGGCAGCUGGCAUGCCAUACAAUUGGCUACCAAUGGUGGAGUGGAUCCUGUUCGAAACAGCUUAUGACGAUCCCAGUAGACCCAGACUUCUUUGGGUGACUGGACUCAUGUACAUGAUUCGCUGCGCCAUGAGUCCUCAGAUGGGGGAUGUUGGCAAAGCGCUCGCUUACCUUCAGCUUGCUACUCUACUAGAGCCUCAAAAGUCUGAAUACCGAGCGCACCUUGUUCUAACGUUGCUGCUACGAUACAGCCGGACCGAGCGUAGCAUGGACCUCGACCAAGCAAUUAUCGAGCUUGAGAAGGUCAUGGCUAGCUCUUCUGAGUGGCCUGGGCGACUCGACCAUCUGAAACUCUUCGCUACUGCCUACGAGUGGCGACACGCAAACACAGGUAACCCGAACGAUCUUCAAAAAGCGUCGAAGAUCAUACAGGAACUCCAUGAUGCCACCGCGGAAAACUCCCCGGACAGAGCCAUAAUAUCAGACCUGCAAGAGCGGCAUAAAGCACGUACUGUUGAUGACUUGGCCAUAGGGAAAGGAAUCGACAUCGCCAUCGAGGUCACGGAGCAUGCCCUUGCUCGCACCCCUCGAGACAACAAGAAAUAUCAGGAACUUGUCUGGACACUUUCUCAACAAUAUUUCCAACGAUAUAACCAGACAGGGCAUACGGAAGAUCUGGAGCUCGCAAUCUCUAGGGCAGAACAGCACCAGUCAGAUAUGCUCGAGGAUAAAGUGCCGAUUGUGAGCGCAGGAAGAGACGUGCAGCUGGCCACCUAUCUAAUGGCGAGGUGGAUACGCCAGGGCUGUCAUGACGACCUCACCACAGCUCUGACGCUGAUGAAGAGAGCAAUAGAUGCCACUGUGCCAGGGAGCACCUUCCAAGUUGGCUGUAUUAUACAACGUGCUGCGUGGAUGAGCCUGUGGCCGAAUGGGGCUGACCGAAUCGAACUGGUGAGAACGUCGAUCAAGGACAUAGAAAGCAUCCGGACCAGCUCAUUUGACCGCAUCAGUGGCAUCUGGAAACGGGACAUGCUGUGGACACUCGGUCUACAAUAUUGGGCCCUUUACCAAUGCACCCAAGAGCUCGCUGACAUUGAAAAAGCGAUCGAGUCAUUGGAAAGUUCAUUGGACUUCAUGCAUGAGCCUGGUUCAAUGAAAAUCUCGGCACACCGUUAUUUGGGUGAGCUCUGGUUGGCUAAAGCCUCUAGGACCCGAGACAACGCUACCUACAGACGCUCAAUGCGAUAUUUCUUGCAAUGCUGUUUAUCCGACGAUGCGUUGCCGAUGGAUCGUGUCCUGAGUGCGAGGGCUUUCAUACACCGGGCAAGUCAUGCGGGAUAUUGGGAGCAAGCUUGUGUAGUUGCAGCAACGGUAUUUCCACUGGUGCCCUUGGUCAGUAGUCGCGAUUUAAAGCAUGAUGACAAGAUAUACAACCUCCGAGCCCUGUCCGGCCUUGCCAGCGAUGCGUGUGCCGCAUUCCUCAACCUGGGCUUUACCAACGAAGCGCUUGUGAAAGUCGAGCUAGGCCGGGGCAUCCUCCUCGGAGAUCUAUUUGACAUCCAGAGCAAUCUGUGCGACUUGCAGCGAGCGUACCCAGAUCUGGCUCAGGAGUAUGAAAGGCUGCGUCAUCAGGCUUUGUAUGGCAUGGAGGUGGAUGAGCUAGAGGAUGGAGGCAAAGACCAGCAGAUCAAUGAUCGUCGAGCUCACUUCCAGCGUCUGCAGAAAUGCGAGGAUCGAAUCCGCGAGAGAGCAGGCUUUGAAACAUUCCUCCAACCCCUGACAUCCCCACAGAUUGGCGAAAGCGCCCGGGAAGGACCGAUCAUCAUUGUGAAUGCAAGCUGCGUGUCCUGCGAUGCGUUGCUGAUAGCCUCGACUGGAAUUGGGCGGGUGAGACUGGACAAUAUGAUCAGCCACGCAGUGCCGCAGUUCCGCCAGCAUCUGACGCGGUGCGCGCUGAAGCCAAGAGCCAGAGAUCUAGAGAGCGACCUACCAGCGGAGGCGCAUGACAACGAACUCCUAUCUUGGCUUUGGUACACCUGCGUCAAGCCUAUUCUUGGAACACUUGCUUCGCACAAUGAUAUCUCCACUGGGGAGGAGAAAACUCGGGUCUGGUGGAUGGGAGUGGGCGCUGCGAGUGGGCUCCCCUUCCACGCUGCCGGAGAUUACAGCAGUACAGAAGCCACCGACGCGAGUGAGAAUUGCCUUGACCAUGUGAUAUCAUCCUACACGCCUACCAUCAAGGCUCUACGCAAUGCCCGGGAAAGGGCCACCCAGACCUCCCGGCGGCCGCUGAAGGACAAUAAUAAGCCUUCCCUCCUGAUCGCCACGAUGCCGGAUACCCCGGGCCACGGUGCGCUACAUGGCGUCCGUCGUGAAUCUCAGGCCAUCAAGGACACCAUUGCUCAAGCCAUGGAUAUAACCGAACUCGCAGGUCCCUCCACCGGCAAUGUCCUCUCUGCGCUGCAGAACUCCGAGCUCGUGCACUUCGCCUGCCACGGGUAUUCCGACCCCGGCGACCCAGCCAACAGCCAUCUGCUCCUGCAAAAAAGUAGUGAUUCCGGUAUGGUUGUGGACAAGCUCACCGUCUCCAAGCUUCUGGACACCCACACAAUGUCGCGGGCGUGGAUUGCCUAUCUGUCCGCCUGCUCCACGGCCGAGAUCCGCGACAGGAGGCUGCUGGACGAGGGGCUGCACAUUACCAGCGGUUUCCUGAUUGCGGGCUUCUCGCACGUUAUUGGGUCUCUGUGGCCGGCAGAGGACGAGGUUUGUGUGCACAUGGCCACAUACUUCUACGAGGCGCUGCUUGCGCGACGUGCCACGGCCACUGAUCCCAACCGCGCGGUGGCGGAGGCGGUUCGCGAUGCGACACUGCGGAUCAGAAGCCAGUACUGGCAGAACCCAUUGGCUUGGGCUUUGUAUACUCAUGUGGGAGCUUAG